GGCCCAGCCACUCUCCGGGGCUGCCACCCGGGACGCGCGGUCGCGGACGAGUCCGCCCUUCCACCCGCGCCUCCGGGGCUCGCCGAGAGAAGGCCUCCACUGUUGGUUGGGUAGGAGAGGAGCCAGCCACCUUGGAGACACAUCUCAUGCCUUCUCUGCUCUCGGAUAGAACAUCUGCAGCUGCUUCCACAGGUCUGGGAGCCAGGCCUCAGGAAGAGACAAGCAUGAACCCCUUAUAGUCUCAGCAUUAUAGGGAAGCCUCCAUCCACCCCUUUCCACUUCAGGGGAAAGAAGCUGAGAAGUGGACCCUGAGCCCAGCCCCCUCUCUCCUCUGGCCCCUGGUGGGCAUGGACUAGCAGUUGUGAGCAGCCAGAGCUGAUGCCCGGCCCCCAGGGGGCUGGAAGAGCCCCAACCAUGAGCCUGGGAAAGCUCUCGCCUGUGGGCUGGGUAUCCAGUUCGCAGGGAAAGAGGCGACUGACUGCAGACAUGAUCAGCCCCCCACUAGGGGACUUCCGCCACACCAUGCACGUGGGCCGUGGUGGGGAUGUUUUUGGUGACACCUCCUUCCUCAGUAACCAUGGGGGGAGCUCCAGGAGCACCCAUCGCUCACCCCGGAGCUACCUGGCCAAGAAGCUACAGCAGGUGCGGAGGGUGGGGGCACCACCCCGGCGGAUGGCUUCUCCACCCACACCCUCACCAGCUCCACCUGCCAUCUCCCCCAUCAUCAAGAACGCCAUCUCCCUGCCCCAGCUCAACCAGGCUGCCUAUGACAGCCUCGUGGUGGGCAAGCUCAGCUUUGAUGGCAGCCCUGUCAGCUCUCCAGAUGGCCGCUCCAAUUAUGGCCUGGAUUCUGGGUUCUGCACCAUCUCCCGCCUGCCCCGUUCAGAAAAACCUUGUGAUGGAGACCGCAAUGGUUCCUUCCAGCCCGGGCCUGAGCUUCGUCGCUCUGACUCUCUCUUGUCCUUUCGCCUAGAUCUUGACCUUGGGCCCUCUCUCCUCAGUGAGCUACUAGGGGUCAUGAGCCUUUCUGAAGCACCUGCAACAGAGUCCCCCAACCCUACCACAAACCCUUCAGCCCCUGCUACAAAUUUCCCAGCCCCUGCUGCAAGCCCCUCACCCUAUGGACACUGUCCCAAUGGGGUAACUGCUAGGUUGGGCCCAGAGGCUGAGGUGAGAGCCAGCCCGGUGGGUGAGGGUCCCCCAGUAGCCAAUGACCCGGACCUCGGCAGGCACUGGGGUGCAGGCUGGCAGGGUGGCCGUCACUACUCCAAGAUGGAUGCUCGGUGUGAGCUGGUGGGGGUGCUGCCCCAGGCUCCCUCCUGGGAAAGCCUGGAGGAGGAGCAGGUGCCCCAGGCAGGCAGCAGGACCCCAGUACCCACCACAGUGCAAGCAAACACCUUCCAGUUUGCUGACACGGAGGAGGAUGAUGAGGUCAAGGUUUGAGUGUCUGGGGCAUGGGCUCAGGACCCCGCCUAGCCUUGGGCACCUCUCUGAAGGGCCCAGGUGUAGAGCUAGCCUCUUCUCACUUAGCAGCCCCUCCUCCUACCAGACCUGAGAGAGAAGCCAAGAUGCCUACAAACUCUUCCCUCUCUCUGCAGGACAGACCUGGGAAGGACAGGGAAGAUGGGGCUUGCUCUGGGACGUGGGUUUUCCUGGUGGGCCCUGCCAGGUUGACCAUCUUCCCCCAGUGCCACUCUGGACCCAGUAGCCAUUCCUUAGGCCCCACCCUAUGCCACCCCCUGCUGGCAGGAGGGCCCAGCCCCACAGUGCUGCCUUUGUGCCCUACGAAGCUGUCCUUGUUGGUUGAGGGGUGGGGAGUGUACCACACAGGGCCAUUGUCUCACCUCCCACAGGGACCAGCAGCCCUCAGAGGGUCCCCACUGCACCCCUGAAAGCCCCAUCCCAGGCUGCUUCCCCAACAUCCCCACCUCAGCCUCCCACCUGCCCAGAAGCCUCACAGAAAGGUCAGAUGUGACCUCACAAGGAGAAAUCUCACCACCCCAGACCUGCCUCUGGAGGCUGAUUAAAAAGGCUUUUUUGAUAAAA